AUCCCGCGUGUUCCCCCGUCCGACCGCUCUAGUCGCCCGGGGCAAACUCAACGAGAGCUUUAGGCGCAAUAUCUCAAACGCGAUACAACAAUGAAAUGUCAUUGCCUCGCUCCUUAACUUACCCCGCCACCACCAACCUUGUCCUGCCAACGCUCGCGACAGCUGCUCAACGCCUCGCUUAGCGCUUUCACCGCCUUCGCGCAACGCCUCGCGCUUCCCGCUUCCCGCUUCCCGCUACUCGCUAACAGCAACAUGGCCGCUCACGCGCCCGCGCUGCUGCGCCUGCUGCUCAGCGACGGCCUCGCCCCGAGCGGCGCGGCAGCGGCGACCUCCGCCCAGGCCGCAGCUGCUGCAACUGCCGCCGCUCGCUUCUCGCCAGCAUCAGGGCGGCCCGGCCUGGCAGUAGCGGCGACGCCGACGGCAGCAGCCGCAUCGCGUGUGCCGCUGGCGCUGGCGGCGCUGGUGGCGGCGCUGCUGUGGGGGGUGGGGCCGGUGCUGGUGUUCGCGGCGGAGAUGGUCAGCACGGCCGUCAAGUUGUGGUUGUGGCCGGCCGACUGGAGGCCGCCGGGCCCCGCAGUGGCAGUAGCAGGAACGGUUGCUGGUGGUGGUGGCAGUCGCAGUAGCAGCGGGAUGAGACACGGCAGUAGCAGCAGCAGCGGGAGGCGGCCCGGUCAGUUCCCAGCCCUCCGACUCCCACAGCCAGCAGUCCCAGCACCUAUCCCGCCGGACCUCGCGGCACGAGAGCUGCAGCUGCUACAGCCACACCCGCCGCUGCUACAGCCACACCCGCCGCAGCGACAGCUUGCAAGGGAACACCAACAGCACCCCCAGCAGCAGCCGCAGCAGCAGCAGGAGCAGCAGCCGCAGCAGCCGCGGCGGCGGUGCCUGACGUACCCGGUAUCAUCAGGCACGCACCAGGCAGCGGCACAAGCAGGACCGCUGCUGCCCACCCCUCCCGUCAGCAGCCCCCGUGCGGCCCCCCACCUCUGCUCUUCAGGCACGACGCUGCGGCCUGCCUCCUCCCCUCCACACCCACCGCAACAUCGAGAAACAGCAGCACUGUGUGCUUCUGGGGCGCCAGACCAUUGCACGCAGCACGCCGGCAGCAGCAGUAGUACUGGUGCCGCUGCAUCUGUUCCGCUGCCGCCGCCGCCGUCGCCGCCGCCGCCGCCGCUGCCGCCGCCGGCCCCGGUGUGGAUUGACACUCUGUCGUGGCCCGGCCUGGGUGUGCUGUUCUUCUGGCAGCUAGGUGUGCUGGAGUACCUGCAGACCCAUUGCAGCGACAACGGCGCCGCCGCACCCGACCUCCCUGACGGGGCCGGGGCCGGGGCCGAUGCCAAUGCCGGGGCAGGGGCAGGGGCAGGGGCAGGGGCAGGGGCCUCUCGCGAGCGCGAGCACGACACCCCGGGGCCUCGGAGCAUUGCCACCCCAGCCGCCCCCAGUAGUGCCAGCGGCGGCGGCAAUGACUCGCCGUCUGGGCGGCAGGGCCUGCAGGCGGGCCGCUCGACCAGCGGAGCUGCCAGUAAUGCCGGUCCCGACAGCCGCCACCCCCCAUCCCAACCGCCAUCACAACAACCGCCUUCACAACAACUUUCAUCACAACAACCGCCAUCCCAACCGCCAUCACAGCAACCGCCAUCACAGCCACCACUGACUGUGGUGGGCAGCUCCAGCGGCGGCUUCAUCGCGGCCUUCGCGGCGUGUGGCGUGCGGCCGCAUGCGGCGCUGAGGGCGGCGCACAGGCUACUGCUGGAGCACAGGGUGCUGACCCGGCCGCUGGGCCUAGCAGGGCUGUGGGGCGACCUGGUUCGUGCCUGGCUGCACGAGCUACUGCCGGAGGACGCGGCGGAGCGGUGCAACGGCACGGGUGGCUGUAGCAGCAGUGGCAGUGGCGGCGCAAGUGGCAGUAGCAGCAGCAGCGUGCGUGUGCGUGUGCGUGUGGUUGUGACCACGUGGCCCUGCCUGCACGUGCGCAGCCUGGGCGGCUUCCGCAGCAAGCACGACCUCAUAGAGGUCCUGGCCGCCUCCGCGCACAUCCCCUACUUCAUGGACUGGCGCCCCACCGCGCCCUGUAGAGGGGCGCGCGUGCUGGACGGCAGCACAUGGUACCUUAUGGCCCGCUGCCCGACCGGCCUGGUGCCCGGCCCCCCGCUGCCCUACCACCACCACCACCGCCACCACCACUACCAGCGACGACCGGGACAGGCGCCGCCGCCAGACCAACAGCACCUGCUGCUCGCAGGCAGCAACAACGGCGGCGGCAGCAGCAGCAGCAGCAGCAGCAGCAGCAGCAGCCUUGGGGGCAGCAGUAGCAGCAACACCAGCGGCAGUAGCAGCAACACCGGCAGGGGCGGCAGUAGUAGCAGCAGCAGCACUGGCGCCAGCCACCAAGGCGGCGGCCGCGGCGGCCGCGGCGGCGGCGGUGUGAAGGAUGGUGAGGGCUCUACGGCCGCGGCGCGGGGAGGCGGCGGCGGUGAUGUGCCACUGGCGGCGGCGGCGGCGGCUGUUCCGCCGGUGCGCAAGGCACACACGUGCCCUAGCCCCGGCGGCGGCGGCAUCGCUGGUGUCGCCGGCUGUGGCUGCGUGCGCAAUUGGCAGGAUCGACUGCAUCAGGAGGACAGCAGCAGCAGUAGCAGCAGUAGCAGUAGCAGUAGCAGCAGUGCUGCGUACGGUGUCAAUAGUGCCGGCGGCAGUAGCGGCAGCGCGCCAUGCUACACCGCCAUCGGCAUCACCACCCGCACCACGGGCACAACCACCACCAACACCAACACCAUCAACACCACCAGCGCAAUCACCAGUACCGGAGACGGAGGCUGUGGUGCUGACAGCGCCGGCGGCACCACCACCACUGGCACCAACAAUGAUACCACCACUACUUCUGGUGGCGGCGGCGGCGGCGCAGGCGGCGGCGGCGGCGGCGGCACCACCCCUGCUGUCGGUGGCGGCGGCGGCGGCGGCGGCACCCCCCCUGCUGUGUGUGGCGGCGUGCUGGUGAUGGAUCCCCGGGCUGACACAGCGUUGCGGGGGCGCUGGAGCCUGGCCGCCUGCUUGCGUGCGCUGUCGCUGUCGGGGGCGGAGGAGCUGCUGGAAGCUGGGGCGGGCUGGGCGGCGCAGCUGCACGCGGCGGGGGCGCUGGAGGGACUGCGGCUGCCGGCGCCGGGGCGGGGCGGGGCGGGGGCGUGUGAGGACUAACGAGUGGCGGUGUGUGUGUGGGGGGGGGAGUGUGUGUGGGGGGGGGUGGGGUGGGGGUAGCCAUCCAUGGGAUGGUGUGUAUCAAAUAUGAAGUGAAGUGCCGACGUCCAGAGGUACAGCGGGCACACGCGACGGGGGGGGGAGUGCCGGGGUGGAGGGGGGCCUUGUCGUCUCGUGUACUGUUUGUGUGUUGCAUGUGGUGGAACAUUGAAAGCACAUGAUGGCGUACCGUAUUGUGAGAGAGAAAGCAAUGUACGCACGAGGAGCAAGUGCUGCUUUGCACGCGCCGUGGCUGGGCUAGCUUGGCUGCUGUGUAGUCUUGAGAGUGGAGGCGUGCAGAUGAUUGGGGGUAAUGCGGGCAGCGAGUGAUGUUAAAGAGCACAAGGAAAACAUUACGCGUAGGACAGUGUAUGCGAUGCAGAAUUAGUGAUGUAUGCGUGGCGUGCCUCCCGAACCCACGUCACUGGCUUGUGAACUGCGUCAGCAGGUCCCUCUUGUAACCAAUGCAAUCUCCCGAACUGACUGACAGACAGACGGACGGACUGGUACCGGUAUGCUGGUAGCUUGCGUGACAGGCCAGACCUGUACGGCUGCACGACCGGGCGGUCUGGUACGGCUAGCAUGUGUAGUACGGCAGGUCGCACGCGGCACUACUGUGUGACGAGCUAGCUCUAAGCCGGCAGAUGGGCGUGACAGUACCGAUAGCCCGUCACGGAAUCGGCUGUACCCGGGGGAAUGGUGAAUUCAGCCAACCGUGAACUGCGACAGCAGGUCCCUUUUGUAACCUCUGCAAUCU